AUCCCCUUACCCACCUGCAACUAGAUUCAUCCCCUUGCUCAAUGUCUUUCGAUCCUGGCUCCGACCUCAUCCCCUUUUUCUGGAGCACUCUUCAAUAUCUCGUGUUUCCAUACCUUCGUCCACCCCCUCCCUAACAUUUUAUAUUUUCUCGUCCGGCUUUUGCGGUUCUCACCAAUUUCUGUCUUUCCGUCCACCCUAUAUCGCCCUCGUCAGUGGGCCUGGGUGCCUUUGCUUCGAGAUGACGGAUUUCAUUCAUGAUGCUUCUGCUCCUUCUCACAACUUUCGAUUUGAGUCUGACGCAAACAUCCUUCAUGCGCAGUCACCUCCACGACGGACGCAGCAGGAAACUCACCAGUCCUUGAAUAUGGUGCCACAUCCGCUCAUGGACAACCAUCAAGCGCUCCAAUCUGCUGCUAAUAUCUUCCGAGAGACGACUCCCAUCGAGCGCGGAGGGCAAACUCCUGAGACCGCUGACGGGUCUCGCGCUAAUGAAGAAGUCAAAUACCUCAAGCUCUUCAAUCGCGUCAAGAUGAAUAUGGAAGUUUUAAGGCGAGGUACAGGCAAAAUGACCACGAAGUAUACGCGUCGUGGAGACGGGCCCAACCCUGGCAAUAGUGCAUUCAAGAGACUCAACAAACUCCAAGAUCGCCAGCACACUUUUAUGACUCUACCUACCGGCUCUAGCGGACUGUCAGAAUUCAAGGCAACAGAAAAGCAAAAGAUCCUUGAAAAAUGGGCUCGCAUCGUCCGCGACUACCACCCUCACCGUUCGCGUACGCGCGAGAGCUUGACUCAGUCGGAUAUUGAAUCUCUGCGUGGCACGAUUUCGGUUGCAGCGCAGCGGCGUCGACCUGACGAGAUCAUGUCCGGCUCUGCUCUUCAAGACAACAGUCACCCUGCUCCUAGGAAUGGCGGUGCGUUGAAUGUUGUAUCGCAUAGUCGUACAGAUCACCAACCUUCGCAUCGUACCACAAUAAUACUCCCGCAGGAUGAUCCUGUACCAACAGCAGUGAUGACACUGUCAUCCUCCACCGAAGUUGCUGGGCCGAGUCACGCGAAGCGGAGAAAGACAACUCACGACAACCGAGACAAUGCGGAAGCCUCCGAAUCUAGUGCAAGCUUUGUGGCGAAUGAAAGACGCAGGAAACGCCCUACGCUUUCAGGAUCGACGAGGCCUGACCGGCCUGGCAGAACCUCGCCAGUAACUGUACCAGCUACAGGAGAGCAGGUCAUCGGCUCCAAUGCACCAAAUUCUCUACAGUCUAGUACAGCAGUCAGUACUAUCGCCACACCGCCUUCUCCUACAUCUGCAAACAAAGAGCCGGCAUCGUCACGUAAGAGCCUCAUCGUUAUUCUCAAGAUACCACCUGGUCAUCGCUCAUUCUUCAAUCUAGAAACGACCUCCAGAGAUAACGAUGUCAUCGCCUUGGUCCGUGAGCGUCAGCUCAUGCCUGCCCCAAUUGCCACUGUAUCGGCAAUGGAAAUACAGCCGGACGUGUUUCGCGUCCAAGAGAUUCCUGAACGGCUGCAUCUUCAGCAUCCCAACCUCCCGCCUCAGCACAUUAGCGAUCAGCCUCAGCAAAUAACCUCCCGGGACGUUGCCUGCCCGUCCGGAAACAUAAUCGCACCUGUCCCUUUUGCACACUGGGAUCAUGUAUCUGAGCCGCAGGACGAGUCAUCUUCUGUGGCCUCGGUCGGGGCACCCAUUUAUGCUUCUGCCUUGGUCUCAAGUGAUCCUGUCGCUCGCCGUGACGAGGCCACAGCGCAAUCGUCCUCUGUGCUUGACAUGACCGGCACCACGCCCUUUGACUCAAAUGCAACGCUGCCUCAUAGCCUUUCUGCGAUUGGCCGCAGCCUCAAGAACGAGCCCAUCCUCAUGCCCGAUAGAGAUGAGAACCUAGAACCCACAUCUCACCGCAACCCUAGCCCAUCGCCGCAAAUUCCUCUGGCUACCCACGAAGCACAGCCGGAAGCGACAUUUCGAAUGCCUCAGCUUCAGACUAUGUCGGCCGUAGCCCAGAUCAAGGAGCUUGAGCUACUUGCGCAAGUGGCUGCAGCCGAAGAGGAAGCAUCUUAUCACAAGCAGAGAAAGCUCAAGCUUCGGUAUGAAAUCUAUAAGUUGGAGCAGUCUCAAGAGCAAGUCGCCUUCGUCUCGACGAACGUGUGUCAUGGCUUACCGUCUCCUCCGAGCCAGGAAUGACGGUGGUCGCCUUGGAACAAAAUGAGAGACGGAAGAGAUCUUCUUAGCAGACGUCGCGAUAACCUUCCGCCGCAGGAUUCUGGCUGUCACGACAUUGGUUCGGGCGUGUAAGCAUGCGCGGCCUUCGCACAGAAUUUCCCAAUCGGGAAAGCUUAACGCGGGGAACCCCAACGCGGUCCAUACCCCAACGCGGUCCAAGGCAUCAAAGAGCAUAGCAUUCAACAAUUGAUUGCUCUACCAAUUAUUGUUGAAAUACCUUCAAAUUGAAAAACAUGGUAGAUCAAUACUAACUCUUAUGAUACACAGGUUCUUGCGUUAUGGUCUGGACGGCCACACUUGCUACACUUUCUAAUACGCUUCACGGGCCUCGGCAUCUCCUCCUGGAUUUGUGCUUCUACCUCCUCUUGUU